AUGACCUCCACGCUGCGGAACAUCCGACUGGGGUUCGCACAGGAAGCCGCAGCGACCCGCGUUCAGCGGGCGAUGCGCGCGCUCCUGCUGCGCAAGGGCACCAUCAUCAUCACGAUCCUCAUCACCAAGAUACAGGCCGCUGCGCGCGGCCUCAACACUCGCACUUCUCUGAACAACUUCUUCAAGGCCUGCCCGCCUAGCGGGCGCACCGCCGACCUCUUCCUCAGCCGCGUCUAUGGCGGCCACGAGGGCGGGCGGCGGCGCGGCGGCGGCUACGUCGUCGAUUUCAUCUACUGUUUACGCUCCACAAGUCUUCCUCUCCCCUUCUCGGAAGCGUUGGCCCGUUUCCCUCUCGAAAUCUACAACCCUUACGGCACAGUGCGCGGCUGCGACGGAACCAUCGGGUUCCGCCACCAACGCGAGGCCACCGGAGAGCAGCUGUGCCUGCCUCCGCCCUCGUCCCCCUCCUCCCCCCGUGAGUCGCCCUGCCCCAGCCGUCCAGAGCACGACCUCUGGCGGGCCAGCCAGUCACUUGAUGACACCUCGAUGGGCACCAAGAAGAAGGCAAAACAAGGCAAGAACUUCAAGGCCGCACAGGCGGCGGCGCAGAAGGCUGCGGCGGCGGCGGCCGCUGCAGAGGCGGCUGCUCAGGCGGCUGCUCAGGCCGCUCAGGCGGCCGCUCUCGGACGGUACAGGUUGGUCAACGCUUGGUACUACCCUCGCGGCGACUGGUACACCUUCUACUGGGACGGCAGCACGGCCGACAAGGUCGCAAGGCGCGCUACCUACCCGACGCUCGAGCACGACGACCACGACCCCGGCCCCCUCGCAGAGCGCAUCAGGCGCGACAAGCGCGAGUUCUCCAUUUUCGGCGCAGAGCGCAUCAGGCGCGACAAGCGCGAGUUCUCCGGCCGCUCCUCCGACGACUCCUCCUCCGACCGCGACUCAUGCGGCACCGGCUCCACUAGCGAGGCGAAUGACAUAUUCGACACCCUCGAAGACCAUCUCGGCUACGGUUCCGACUCCGGCUCCGGCUGGUAG